CUGCAGCUCCUCUUAUUGUUUCAUAUGCAGGUUGUUUCUGGACAUGGCUGAUCGUGGUGCUUCCCGCCUUCUGCUGGUCUUAACCACGAUUAUCUGUUUAGCCAAAUCUGAGCCAAGCGCCGCGUCUCCACAGUGUUCCUACAGUGUCAGGGCGAUCCGGUUUGGCUUCCAGUUUAAAAUGACCAGUUUCCCCACUGGUCGCUACACGAUAAGCGUUGGUGAGGAAGGAAGUCCAACAACUGAGAAGAUCGUAAACGUUUCUUCAUCUAGUAAAAACCCAACGCAUGAAAUCCAACAUCUGAAGCCCUGCACUGAAUAUGAGCAUAAGGUCACGAUGCUUGACAAUAACGGUACAGAAAUAUCCUGCAGCGGCUCUGGAGGAAAAGCAAAAACACUCAACAUGAAUGAACAAGACGUCACAAACAGCCCCUGCAUCCCGGGACACGUCUGCUACCACAGCGGCUGGAACAUCAACUCCUCGGUUUCUGCACCAAACCAAACCCAACAGUUCAGAAACGGGACCUUUGGUUUCAAACUGGCUGAAGACGACAUCUGCUCAAACUUCACUGUCAGUUUUUAUCAAGAUAACUGCAACGACUCCUCAUUUAGCCUGACCCGAUACAUUCCUGCUGAUUACAUAAACCCAAAUGAGAUGAAUCAGACUCAACACAACCGCCUUCCUGCAGAGAUAGAAACAAAACUGCCUCCAAACUGUAAGAAUCUCAGCAUUGAGUACACCUGCUCAGAAAGUGGAAAGGUUGGAGACUCCAUUCUGCUCUCUAAUUUGGAGCCGUUUACAGAUUACAGCUGCACUGGUCUGAUCAAGAACAACAACGUGUCCAUCAACAAGAAAACUCCAGCUGUUCAGGUCAACAUCGCCUGUGAUUUUACAAUGGUUAUCAGUGAUACAUAUGACAAUGAAAGUUUAACUGUGGGGUGGUGGCAAACAACCAGUGAGAACUGCGGAGCCGUUCUUCCUAAUCUAGAGAAACUUUCCUACACCUGCAGCACUCAGGAAGUUGAUGGAGAUGCAAAAAAACAUGCUAAGACAGUCCGACAGCCUCGUGGAGGAAUAUGUACAACUUACGAAUUUAAAAGAUUCACCGACUAUGAUGUUGAAAUCUACCCCACCUAUAACAACAAGAAAGUUUCCCAAGGACUAGCAUUCAGAGUACGAACAAAUUCCGGAGUACCAGAUAAAGUUCAGCAACUGAAAGUCCGUCUCAUAAAGAAUAAUGUGAUCAGAGUAAGUUGCUCCCCGCCAGUCGGUGGAUUUAAAGGACCGAAGAAAGUUUACAUCGUUCGUCUCAGUGGCAACAGAGAAGUUGUGGAAACUGAUGAGUGUCUUUUUGAAAUCGGGGAUCUGAACUACCUGACGUCCUACACAGUCCAGGUGGUUGCCUUCAAUGGGAAGCAUGAGAGUGAAGCUGAAACAGCAAAGGUUUCCACUCGCUACAACAACAAAGCUCUUAAUGGCAUUUUGAUCUUCAUCCUCAUCAGACUCAUCAUCAUACUCGUAGCACCGCGUCUGGCAGUCUUCAUCAAAAAGCAAAAGAAAUCAAAACGUGUUACUAGAGAAGAAGUUAAGCUCACAUCAACAGCGAAGGCUUACAUAUGAAGACACCGUGGCGCUGAAGACCGACGCAUCGUUUACUGUCUGAGCUUGAAUCUCAAGUUCAGUUGGAGACGAUUUUGAAGAAAUUCAAAACAUUCACGGCAAAAUUUCCUGGAUUUUGAUUUUAAUGUUUUAUAAUAUAUGUAUUUUUUUUAUUCAGAUGUUUACAGGUGUCUACAGCUGCGGUUGUUACUAAAUGCAUCCAUCUGCUGUUAGAUGCAUAUGUUGCUUAUCGCUGUGGUUUCUCUUUGUUUCUCUCUUUCUGCAGGUGUAAAAUCAAAUCCUCGGGUGUCUUUUAUAUUCUCUUUAUCUAAGAACAAUGUAUGCAUUACAUUUGGCGUUUGUUUUCAGAUUUAUAUUACAUGUGUGACUUUUGGAAUAUGUACAAAUUUUAUUUCUUAAAAAUAUCAAAUAAAACAAUGUGCUCUUCA